CAAUGUUUAUCACCCGAGUGUUGCGAAAACGCUGGGUGUUAAGUGCUAUUUUUAUUGGAUCCCUAUUGUAUUUUCUAGUAUCAGUGUUUUCAAAGUCAAAAGACCUGGUGUUGGAUGAGUAUGAGGUGAAGCAGACUCUCAGAAAACCAUUUCAAUGGCAGCCAAAAGUCCCCGAUGAGCCAGAGAAAGUUGGCAAUGAUACAAAAAUAUUCAAGUGCCGGAACUCUGUACAAGGGAUUCAUCUUAUAGCAGACGAACGAGGUUACGUGUGUAAGCGUGAAGAUCUUGGUCCAGGCAACUGUUGUAAUGUGCGUGCCACAUCAAGCAAGCGAUACCACUGUGAAAGUUGCAUGUCCAACAAGUGCUGUGCCGUCUAUGAGUAUUGUAUUUCCUGUUGCUUACAACCAGAUAAGCAAACACUUUUAUCCAGGAUUCUGAAAGAAGCCAGCAAUGAACCAUUCAACCCAUUUGCCUUCGUAGAAGAUCAUUUUGAACUCUGUUUACUGAAGUGCAGGACUUCGUCACAGAGUGUGCAACAUGAAAAUUCCUACCGUGAUCCGAAAGCCAAAUAUUGUUAUGGCGAAAAUCCACCAGACUUACAAGCUGUGCUCAAUUAAGUGUAAUUUGGGCUAGUUUAGGGGUCAGGGGUCAUGUGUACAUAAC